CCGAGUGCCGAAAACUGUCCGGACUUUGUCUCUCCCUGACUGAGCUGCGCUGCGUCUGGUGUUCUGACUCCUUCUCCAUCCGCAGGAGGCGGACCUAAAAGCUGAGGAAAAAUGUCCGACAAGAUGUCUAGUUUUCUCCAUAUUGGGGACAUCUGCUCCCUGUACGCGGAGGGCUCCACCAAUGGCUUCAUCAGCACCCUGGGUCUAGUGGACGACCGCUGUGUCGUUCAACCAGAGUCUGGAGAUCUCAACAGCCCUCCUAAGAAGUUCCGAGACUGUCUCUUCAAGCUGUGUCCUAUGAAUAGAUACUCGGCACAGAAACAGUUCUGGAAAGCAGCGAAACCUGGCGGCAACAGCACUACAGACACAGUACUUCUCAACAAACUACACCAUGCAGCUGACCUGGAGAAGAAACAGAACGAAUCCGAGAACAGGAAGCUGCUGGGGACGGUGAUUCAGUACGGCAACGUCAUUCAGUUGCUGCAUCUGAAAAGCAACAAGUACUUGACGGUAAAUAAGCGCCUGCCUGCCCUAUUGGAGAAAAAUGCCAUGCGUGUCACCUUGGACUCUGCUGGAAACGAGGGCUCCUGGUUCUACAUCCAGCCGUUCUACAAGCUCAGAUCUAUAGGAGACAGUGUGGUGAUCGGAGACAAAGUGGUGUUGAACCCUGUGAAUGCUGGACAGCCUCUCCACGCCAGCAGCCAUCAGCUGGUGGACAAUCCAGGGUGCAACGAGGUGAAUUCAGUAAACUGCAACACUAGCUGGAAAAUAGUCUUGUUUAUGAAAUGGAGUGACAACAAGGAGGUCAUUCUGAAAGGGGGUGACGUGGUGCGGCUGUUUCACGCCGAACAGGAGAAGUUCCUAACGUGUGACGACUACAGGAAGAAGCACUAUGUCUUUCUCAGAACCACCGGGCGCCAGUCUGCUACCUCGGCCACCAGCAGCAAGGCACUGUGGGAAGUGGAGGUGGUUCAGCAUGACCCAUGUCGAGGUGGUGCCGGUUACUGGAACAGCCUGUUCAGGUUUAAGCACUUGGCCACAGGACACUACCUGGCUGCAGAGGGGAGUAGUGAGGUGAAUCCCGACUACGAGGAAGAGUCACAAGAGUCUCGUUCCUCGCUGGACUUGGAGCACGAGGCUCUACGAGCUCGUCUGCGCACGCCCAACGAGAAGGUCAUGUACACCCUCAUUUCUGUCCCCGACGGCAAUGACAUCUCCUCCAUCUUUGAGCUGGACCCUACCACUCUCAGAGGAGGGGACUCCCUGGUACCCAGGAGCUCGUACGUACGAUUGCGGCACCUGUGCACAAACACAUGGGUCCACAGCACCAACAACCCCAUCGACAAAGAGGAAGAAAAACCCGUCAUGCUCCGGAUCGGCACGUCUGCUAUCAAGGAGGACAAGGAGGCCUUUGCUAUCGUGCCCGUCCCCCCCGCUGAGGUCAGGGACUUGGACUUCGCCAACGAUGCCAGUAAAGUGUUGGCGUCCAUCGCUGGUAAACUGGAGAAGGGCACUAUUACACAGAACGAACGGAGGUUUGUGACCAAGCUGCUGGAGGAUUUGGUGUUCUUUGUGGUGGACAUCCCUAACAGUGGGCAGGAUGUUUUGGAGAUUAUGGUAAACAAGCCGAACCGCGAGCGCCAGAAACUUAUGCGGGAGCAGAACAUCCUCAAACAGAUCUUUAAGCUCCUGCAGGCUCCGUUCACAGACAGCGGCGACGGGCCCAUGCUCCGAUUGGAGGAGCUCGGAGAUCAGAGACACGCGCCUUUUAGACAUAUCUGUCGGCUGUGUUACCGAGUGCUCCGCCAUUCCCAGCAGGACUACAGGAAGAACCAGGAGUACAUUGCCAAGCAGUUCCGGUUCAUGCAGAAGCAGAUCGGCUACGACGUGCUGGCCGAGGACACCAUCACGGCACUCCUACAUAAUAACCGCAAGCUGCUGGAGAAGCACAUCACCGCAGCUGAGAUCGACACCUUCGUCAGCCUUGUGAGAAAGAACCGUGAGCCUAGGUUUCUGGAUUACCUCUCCGAUCUGUGUGUGUCGAUGAGCAAAUCCAUCCCAGUCACACAGGAGCUGAUUUGUAACGCGGUGCUGGACACAGCUAAUGCCGACAUCCUCAUAGAAACCAAACUUGUGUUGUCUCGGUUUGAGAUCGAUACUCUGAAUGCCGGAGAGCCUCCACUGGAGACAGAGGAAGAUGUGGAAGAGGUGUGGUUGUUUUGGAAAGACAGCGGGAAGGAAAUCCGGAGCAAGAGCAUCAAGGAGUUGGCGCAGGAUGCCAAGGAAGGCCAGAAGGAAGACCAGGAGGUUGUCAGUUACUACAGGUACCAGCUGAACCUGUUUGCACGCAUGUGCCUCGACCGCCAGUAUCUGGCCAUCAAUAAAAUCUCGGGUCAGCUGGACGUGGACUUGAUCCUGCACUGCAUGUCAGACGAGGACCUGCCCUAUGACCUGCGCGCUUCCUUCUGCCGCCUCAUGCUGCACAUGCACGUGGAUCGCGACCCCCAGGAACCCGUUACACCUGUGAAAUACGCCCGCCUGUGGUCCGAGAUCCCCUCCAAGAUCGCCAUCGAUGAUUACGAUAACGACGGCACUACCAGAGAUGAAAUUAAGGAGCGUUUCGCUCUCACUAUGGAGUUCGUGGAGAGUUACCUGAGGAUCGUGGUGUGUCAGAACGUUCCCUUCUCGGACAAGGAGAAGAACAAGCUCACGUUUGAGGUUGUGAACUUGGCGCGGAACCUCAUCUAUUUCGGCUUCUACAGCUUCAGUGACUUGCUGCGGCUGACCAAGAUCCUGCUAGCCAUAUUAGACUGCGUUCACGUCAGCACGAUAUAUCCCAUGAACAAAAUGGAGAAAGGCGACGAGAACAAAGGUAGCAAUGUUAUGCGGUCUAUCCAUGGCGUCGGAGAACUGAUGACCCAGGUUGUGCUAAGAGGGGGCGGCUUUCUGCCCUCCACCCCUGCAGCACCCACGGAUGGAGAGGUGGGCAAGACCCAGACGGAGCCUGAGAAGGAGGACAUCCUGGUGAUGGACACCAAGCUGAAGAUCAUCGAGAUCCUCCAGUUUAUCCUGAACGUGCGCCUGGACUACAGGAUCUCCUGCCUGCUGUGCAUUUUUAAAAAAGAGUUUGACGGAAGCAACACUCAGACUGACACUCUGCCUAAUCCUAAUGCUAAUGCUAAUGGUAACACUAGUGGGAAUUCUACUACUACAGCUACUGCUAAUGGGGAUGGUCCUAAUAGUAUACCAGCACUAGAUUUUGAGAAAAUCGAAGAGCAGGCCGAAGGGAUCUUUGGUGCAAGCGAGGAGAACACCCCACUAGACCUCGAUGACCACGGAGGCAGAACGUUCCUGAGGGUUCUUCUGCACCUCACCAUGCAUGAUUACCCUCCGCUGGUGUCUGGGGCUUUACACCUACUCUUCAGACACUUCAGCCAGAGACAGGAAGUGCUCAUGGCUUUCAAACAGGUCCAGCUCCUGGUGACUAGUCAGGAUGUAGAUAACUACAAGCAGAUCAAGUCUGACCUAGACCAGCUGCGCUCCAUCGUGGAGAAGUCCGAGUUGUGGGUGUACAAGCGCCAGGGGGAUGACGUGCUGGACGGAGGCGACGGUCCAUCUGAAUCUGACCACAAAAAGAAGGGUGACUCAAGUGGCAUGGAGAAAAAUCAAAUGGAGAACACUAGCAGCUAUAAUUACAGGGUUGUCAAGGAGAUCCUGUUACGGCUCAGCAAGUUGUGCGUUCAGGAGGGCGCGUCGGGGAAGAAGAGUAAGAAACAGCAGCAAAGGCUGCUGAGGAACAUGGGAGCUCACGCGGUGGUGCUCGAGCUACUUCAGAUCCCCUACGAGAAGGGCGAGGACGUUCGAAUGCAGGAGAUCAUGAAGCUGGCGCACGAGUUCCUCCAGAACUUCUGUGCCGGGAACCAGCAGAACCAAGCCCUGCUCCAUAAGCACAUUAACCUCUUCCUCAAUCCAGGGAUCCUAGAGGCCGUCACCAUGCAGCACAUCUUCAUGAAUAACUUCCAGCUGUGCAGCGAGAUCAACGACCGCGUAGUGCAGCACUUCGUGCACUGCAUCGAGUCGCACGGCCGCCACGUCCAGUACCUCAAGUUCCUGCAGACCAUCGUCAAGGCCGAGAACAAGUUCAUCAAGAAGUGCCAGGAUAUCGUCAUGGCAGAGCUGGUGAACGCCGGAGAGGACGUGUUGGUGUUCUACAACGACCGGGCCUCGUUCCAGACGCUGGUGCAGAUGAUGCGCUCGGAGCGAGACCGGAUGGACGAGAACAGCCCGCUCAUGUACCACAUCCACUUGGUGGAGCUGCUGGCCGUGUGCACCGAGGGCAAGAACGUCUACACGGAGAUCAAGUGCAACUCGCUGCUGCCCCUGGACGACAUCGUCCGUGUCGUCACCCACGAGGACUGCAUCCCCGAGGUGAAGAUCGCGUACAUCGACUUCCUAAACCACUGCUACGUAGACACAGAAGUGGAGAUGAAGGAGAUCUACACGAGCAACCACAUGUGGAAGCUCUUUGAGAACUUCCUGGUCGAUAUAUGCCGGGUCUGCAACAGCACGAGCGACCGCAAGCACGCAGACGCCACGUUGGAGCGAUACGUCACCGAGACGGUCAUGAGCAUCGUCACCACUUUCUUCAGCUCGCCCUUUUCCGAUCAGAGCACUAGUUUACAGACCCGUCAGCCGGUCUUCGUGCAGCUGCUGCAGGGCGUUUUCCGGGUGUACCACUGUAGCUGGCUCACGCCCACCCAGAAGGCGUCAGUGGAAAGCUGCAUCAAAGUCCUCUCCGACGUUGCCAAGAGUCGGGCGAUCGCCAUUCCGGUCGACCUGGACAGCCAGGUGAACAACCUGUUUGUGAAAUCUAACAACGUUGUACAGAAGACCAUCCUGAACUGGAGGAUGUCGGCGCGCAACGCCUCCAGACGAGACUCCACGAUCGGCACGUCCAAAGACUACAGAAACAUCAUCGAGAGGCUGCAGGACAUUGUGUCUUCGCUGGAGGACCGCUUAAGGCCCCUGGUGCAGGCUGAGCUCUCCGUACUCGUGGACGUCCUUCACAGGCCCGAGCUGCUCUUCCCCGAGAACACGGAGGCUCGGAAGAAGUGUGAGAGCGGAGGCUUUAUCUCCAAGCUAAUAAAGCACACUAAGCAGCUGUUGGAGGAAAACGAGGAGCGUUUGUGCAUUAAGGUUCUUCAGACUCUCAGGGAAAUGAUGACCAAAGACCGGGGUUAUGGCGAGAAGCUGAUUGCCUUUGACGAUGAGCUGGAUGUGGCUGAGCUGGUUCCCCCUCCUGAGCCAGAGAACCUUGCCGAGGACCUUGAUCCCAACCAGCCCCAGAAGCAACUGGAGGAUCAGAAACGGGGUGAAGCUUUGAGGCAGAUCCUUGUAAACCGUUACUAUGGCAACUUCAAGCCAGGAGGACGGAGGGACAGCCUGACCACCUUCAGCAAUGGACCCCUUGGCCCCGGGCCACAGAGUAAAGCCCCGACAGCGUCCUCCGGUUGUUCGGUGGGAGCGCGAGGGGAGCUGAGCCUGGCCGAGGUGCAGUGCCACCUGGACAGAGAGGGAGCCUCGGACCUCGUCAUCGACCUCAUCAUGAACGCCACCAGUGACCGCAUCUUUCAGGAGAGCAUCCUGUUGGCCAUCGCCCUGCUCGAGGGAGGAAACCCCGUCAUACAGCGAUCGUUCUUCAUCAGGCUGACGAGGGACAAUAAGUCGGAGAAGUUCUUCAAGGUGUUUUACGAGCGGAUGAAGCUGGCCCAGCAGGAGAUCAAAGCCACCGUGACGGUCAACACCAGCGACCUGGGCAGCAAGCGCAAAGACGAGGACACGAACGACAAGGAAGCGCCCGCCAAAAAGAAAGUAAAGGAUGUCGCCGUGGUCACGGAAGAGGUGCGCGAGCAGCUUCUGGAAGCUUCCACGGUCACAAAGAAGGCUUUCACCGCGUACAGACGGGAGGUGGACUCGGACGAGCAUCUGGGCGGGGGUGAAGUCCCGAGCGCCUCGGCGGAGAAGAACCAGGACGAGAACGAGAUGAGCGUCACCAUAACCAUCAUGCAGCCCAUCCUGCGUCUCAUGCAGCUGCUCUGCGAAAACCACAACCGCGAGCUGCAGAACUUCCUGCGCUGUCAGAACAACAAGAACAAUUAUAACCUGGUGUGCGAGACGCUGCAGUUCCUCGACUGCAUCUGCGGCAGCACCACAGGAGGCCUGGGUCUGCUGGGGCUCUACAUCAACGAGCAGAACGUGGCUCUCAUCAACCAGACCGUGGAGAGCCUCACCGAGUACUGCCAGGGCCCGUGCCACGAGAACCAGAACUGCAUCGCUACUCACGAGUGCAACGGCAUUGACAUCAUCAUCGCGCUCAUUUUAAACGACAUCAACCCUCUGGGCAAGAAGAGGAUGGACCUCGUCCUAGAGCUGAAGAAUAACGCCUCCAAGCUGCUUCUGGCCAUCAUGGAGAGCCGUCACGACAGCGAGAACGCAGAGCGGAUCUUGUACAACAUGAGGCCUAAAGAGCUGGUGGAGGUGAUCAAGAAGGCUUACAUGCAAGGAGAGGUGGAAGUGGAGCACUCUGAGGAGGACGGGGAGGGCGAGGAAGAGCACGCCGCCUCCCCGCGCAACGUCGGCCACAACAUUUACAUCCUGGCCCAUCAGCUGGCCAGACAUAACAAGGAGCUGCAGGCCAUGCUGAAAGCGGGAGGGACGUACGGUGAGGGCGACGAAGCCCUGGAGUUCUAUGCCAAGCACACGGCUCAAAUAGAGAUCGUGCGCCUGGACCGCACCAUGGAGCAGAUCGUCUUCCCCGUGCCCAACAUCUGCGAGUUCCUCACGCAGGAGUCCAAGCUGCGCGUGUACUACACCACAGAGCGAGACGAACAGGGCAGCAAAAUCAACGACUUCUUCCUGCGCUCUGAGGACCUCUUCAAUGAGAUGAACUGGCAGAAGAAACUGCGAGGUACUCAAGAGACCUCUGGUAGCGCAGACUCCGUGCCCUCUCAGCCCAUUCUGUACUGGUGCUCGAGAAACAUGUCCUUCUGGAGCAGCAUCUCCUUCAACCUGGCGGUCCUCAUGAACCUGCUCGUGGCCUUCUUCUACCCUCUGGAGGGGGUCCGCAGGGGAACUCUCGAGCCUCAUCUGUCGGCGUUGUUGUGGGCGGCCAUGUUGGUGUCUCUGGCCAUCGUGAUUGUGCUGCCGCAGCCUCACGGGAUCCGAGCGCUAAUCGCGUCCACCAUCCUGCGACUCAUCUUCUCCGUGGGCCUCGAACCCACACUCUUCCUGCUCGGGGCGUUCAACGUGUGCAAUAAGGUGAUCUUCCUGAUGAGUUUUGUGGGAAAUCGGGGGACGUUCACGCGGGGUUAUAAAGCCAUGAUCAUGGACGUGGAGUUCCUGUACCACCUCCUCUACCUCAUCAUCUGCAUCCUAGGUGUCUUCGUACAUGUCUUCUUCUACAGCCUGCUGCUGUUCGAUCUGAUCUACCGGGAGGAAACUCUGCUGAACGUGAUAAAGAGCGUGACGAGGAACGGGCGCUCCAUCGUGCUCACCGCCGUGCUCGCGCUCAUCCUCGUCUAUCUCUUCUCCAUCGUCGGCUACAUUAUCUUCAAGGACGACUUCAUUCUGGCUGUUGACCGAAUCCCUAAUAAAACGCUCGACCACACCGCCACCAUGAUGAGCGAGUUCCUGUCGGGCGGGGCUUGUCAGAAAGAAGGCGGUGGAGAGAACUGUUCGGUGGAGGCCACGGUGGAACCUGUGGCAGCCGUGGUGGUGGAGGAUAAGGAGCGAACGUGCGACUCUUUGCUCAUGUGCAUCGUGACCGUACUCAGCCACGGCCUCCGUAGCGGUGGAGGAGUCGGGGACGUGCUAAGAAAGCCUUCUAAAGAGGAGCCUCUGUUUGCAGCCCGGGUGAUCUACGACCUGCUCUUCUUCUUCAUGGUCAUCAUCAUCGUCCUAAACCUCAUCUUUGGUGUCAUCAUCGACACCUUCGCUGAUCUGAGAAGUGAAAAGCAGAAGAAAGAGGAGGUCCUCAAGACCACCUGCUUCAUCUGUGGCUUGGAGAGGGACAAGUUUGACAACAAGACGGUGACAUUUGAGGAGCACAUCAAGGUGGAGCACAACAUGUGGCACUACCUGUUCUUCAUAGUGCUGAUCAAAGUGAAGGACUCGACCGAGUACACGGGACCCGAGAGCUACGUCGCCGAGAUGAUCCGGGAGCACAACCUGGACUGGUUUCCUCGGAUGCGGGCGAUGUCGCUGGUGAGCAGCGAUGCAGAGGGCGAGCAGAACGAGAUCAGGAACCUGCAGGAGAAGCUCGAGUCCACCAUGAAACUGGUCUCCAACCUGUCCGGCCAGCUCACGGAGCUGAAAGAGCAGAUGACUGAACAGCGUAAGCAGAAGCAGAGGAUCGGACUCCUCGGACAUCCCCAACACAUGAAUGUGAACGCUCAACAGCCUGCCUGAGUGCGUGUGCGCGUGUGUGUGUGCGCGUGUGUGUGUGCGCGUGUGUGUGUGUGUGUGUGUAGGUGAGCUUCAGCACAGGCCUUGAACUGCCACGCUCCACAUCUGCACUUAGAAGUAGACCUGCGAAACUCCUUCCAGACUUUAUGCACACUCAUCUAAUCUAAAUAAGGGGAAAAAAAAAUGUCAUUAAACAAACAGACACCGGUUUGCGCCCCUCUGUCCCUCGGUCAGUUUGGGUGCCAAACGUUCACCGACGGCAGUAAUUAACAUGGGGGACACUUGAAUUCGGGGCUACACUGGACAGUAUGACUAGUUAUAGAUGCUGCUUGGAGAAGUGUUAAAGAGGCAUCUUUUUGUAUUUCCUAACCGGUAUAGCAAGCAGUAUUUUCUGUCUUAUUUUUGUAUUUUGUGCAAUAUUACCACUUUAAUAUGCAAACCUGUCGAGCUGGACGACGCGUCUUAAAGAGACGACGAUGGUCUCUCGUGUUAAACGCUUGUUCAUCUCGCCCGCCCUCUUCUCUCUCAGCUUCAUGACUCGUACCGGAACGCCGUAGACUCAUAGUGUCAAGCUCCUAGAGUCGGCCUCGCGAGAGUUCUAAUAUCCGACAGCUUUUUUUCUUUUCUUAUUUAUUCAUUUAUUUAUAUCAGAAAUGUAAUGAAUAACAUUUAAAAGGGACCGACUACGCCAUGGCACACACUUUUCUAUAGGAAGACGCAUUACGUUCUUAAACAAUUUUUACUUAUUUAAUUGUUUUGUUUUGUUUUUUUCGCUUCGUCUCGUCUUUCGCCCGUUCUGAAAAUAAAUAAAAGCCCAUUAGCUUUUUUUUUCUUCUUUUUUUUUUUGUUUGUUUUUUUUGAGACGGUAAAAAUGAUAAGGUUUAAUGCGUUUAAUCUGUUUAGACCGGUAAGCUUUGUUGCUGUGUUUUUAAUUCUAAGCGGCUUUAGUAUCUAGAGCGUUUUUAGUUGUUACGACUCGUAUCUUUCGGAGAGAUCUCGAGAGCCUCUGAGCUCGCGCGAGUUCUGCAUCGAGAGACACUGAGAGGCCCUGAGUGGAAGAACGAGAGAAACUCCUUCCUCGUCGACCGAGCGAGUCAUUCUGUAAACACGGCACGAAGUAAUAAUCUCUACCGGAGAGAGUAAACGCUCAGAACAAUACUUGCACUACCACGUCUUACAAACCUGCCGUGUCUCUCCGUCGCCGCCUCUUUACUUCCAGUUUUCUGUAAAAGAUGUGUAUAAGUUUGUCGAGCCUUCGCUUUGUAUAGAGAUACUUUUUCUUUUUCUUUUAUUUUUUUUUCUUUCCCUAGAGGCAUAAUAGAAUUUAAUAGCACUGUUAAUGAAAAUGAUAUGAAGUUUAAUUCUAAUUUAACAUAUGUCAAGAUUGUACAUUGAUUUAGCAAUAUUUAAUAAAUCCUCGAAUUCACCUUGAAAUGAGCCUUUUAUUUAUUUAUUUAUUUUAAACUGCUCCUUCUGCCACGUGCUCUCUGUGUGUCAUCAUUGGCAUGAUGCUGUUUUUACCGAGUUGCCAAAUCUAAACUAAACUCACUUAAGAGAAAGACUACGACAAAAGCAUAUGGGUACACACACACACACACACACACACACACACACACACACACACACACACACACACACACUGCCGGGUAUUACACAGAGCACUUGGAAUAUACCGGAUAUUUCACCAAGCCCCUCAACUAGUCAUAUUUUUAAGCAAAAUAACGGUAUAAUCCAUUUUUCCUGCGUGUACUUGAAAUAAAACAGUAGCUCGGCAACUCGAACAACACGACUUGAUUAAACCGCACGGUCCGUGACAUGUGUAGUCACUGCAUGUUUAGAUGGAUUAUUCCAGUUUUAAAGAAAGUGCUUGUCAUUCGAGGGGAAAUGCACUUCAGGUGACCUCUCGAAUCACAGAGGAUAUUAACGGUGUUGUUUUUUAGGUGUGUGUGUGUGUUUUUUUGGUUCAGCACUGUGUGUGUGGGAGAGCCCCACACAGGCUGUACAGAGAAUAAAAAAGCAACGAUCUGCAUAUCAGAAGAUUGAAUAAAGUGGGAGUUGAUGAGGGCAUGAAUCUGUGAAGAAACGGAAGAUUCUAGCUGAGGGUUUAGUUGCAUGUUGAAAGUUCAUGACUUGUUGAUCAGUGAGCUUUAACAACAGAGCGAUCAUAAGGUUCGACGCUUCAUCAGAGGGUCCGCCUGCGUGCGUCCACCCGAGCGACGCCAUUGACAGACAAGCGAUCGGACGUGCGUUAAAGCGAUGAACGUUAGAGACGGGCUUACCUCGGCGUUCACGUAGGGACGAGUAGAGUGUAUUAGCGUGUGCGUCGUGACCAGUCAGGCCCGCCGGGUCUGAAUUCCCCUUCUGUGGUGGAGAUUGAGAAUCGGCUCGUGUCCAGGUGCUGACGCCGUGACAUUUAGCUCUGAUUAGAACAAACACAGAAGGGGUAAAGUUGAUUAGGGACUGUUAUUUCAAGAAGCAACAUCUAUACUUCUUUUUCUUUUCUGAUUUUUUUUUUUUUUUUGUUAACGUUGCUGUUGAUCAGAAUCUACCCAAUCCAAAAAGAUGUAUAUAUUUCUCAGUAGCCACUACUGAGAAACCACUAAACCCUCUUCUCCUUGUAUUUAAAAGGUAGCUUUUAUGCUGCUCGGUCCUGUUCUGUGUUGUUUCACGGAAACGGCGUUAAUGCACGAAACAACAAAGAAACAGUUUGCAAUCACUUUGCGUAAAUAUGAUUCAACUAACAUGAAUGUCAGACUAUGACAUGACCACCAAAGUUCCUUGGUUCACACCUUGAGCAGCAGAGGACUAACAGUUCUCGAACAAAAGGUUAUGAGUGGGGAUUUUUAUUUUCAUUGUUUUUUUUCUUGGGGGGGGGGGAUGGGGGGGUUUACAACUACAAGACUGGAAGAAGAGGAGCAACUUAACGAGAACCAGGCUCUGUUAAGAGCUUAUUAAGCCAUCAUUACACACUGAUUUAAACUCGGUGAAGAUCCUCUGGGCAAAAAUAAAACAUAAUUACUAUGAAUUUGUGCCUGGCUAGAGGCAUCUCACUGUAAUUGCCGGGACAAUUCGAGGCUUAUUAACUUGGUGGAUUUAGGUGCUUUCUGCAAAUGUGGGAAAAGUGAGCAGCUUAAGUAAAUAUUAUGUAGAUUCUCACCAAAAAAAAAAAAAAAGAGUAAUAAACAAGUAAUAAAAAUGCAAUGGUGUGAUAUACAGUACUGUGCAAAAGUUUCAGGCACCUUCCUUAUUUAUUUAUUUGUUUGUUUGUUUGUUUGUUUAUUUAUUUAUUUUUUAGUUCAAACUUUGGUAUGGAUUUUUUUUUAUUUUAUGGCUCCUACAUUAUCAAGUCAAUACAAAAACAUUUUAGAUUCCCAAACAUUACUUUUCUAGUACACAAUUAAACGUUUGUAUGUCAUUAAAGAAAGCAGCAUAUUAUGUAAGAGACACUUUUCAUAUUUAAAAAAAAAAAAAACAAAAACAAAAAAAAAAACAGAAAAAAACACAAUGAAAGCCGCUGGGUUUUGAUGCAAAAAUAAGAAGCGAGUGCGACAGUCAAAGUCUCCAGAAGAACCGUGUCUGGUUCUGCAAGACGCUCAAUAAAACCUCCCAGCUCAUUUCCUUAUAAAUCUACACUACCAUUUCUAUUUAUUUAAUUAUUUAAUUAUUUACUUACUUACUUAUUUACCUA